CAGUGUAGCAGCUGCACAACUGAGAGGGCUGUUCCUGGAGGAGAGAGAGAACGACAGAGAGAGAGAGAGAGAGAGUGAAAGAACAAGAGAGAGUGGGGCGAGAGAGAAGAAAUGAGAGGGAGAGAGAGGGAACUUGAAGAGGAGUGAGCGAGUGUGAAAGGGAAAAAGAGCGUGAGGAAGAGAGAAAAGAUAAUGCAAGCAGGAAGAACACGGAGCCAGCCGGUAUGAGCCAUUAGUCAAAGUUGCGGUCAUUAGGAAUGAUCUCCAUGCCAACUCGCACCACGGCCACGGUCAGCCCUCUCACCCCACUAGCCAAUGGGAGUGCGGCUGCUCAGUCUGCUCACUCUGGAUUCGCUGCCGCCCUCCGUCAAUUGGCCAAACAGGCUGAAGAUCCCAGAGGUUCUUCUCCCAGUAGUGAGUCUUCAGUCUCCUCUCCAGCCACCUGUCUCAGUAAUUCAGUCACCACUCCUAAGAGGGGGUUGUCAGGGCCACUCCAGACCUCAAGUGGGGUAGACAGCCUUCCCUCCACCCCUCCUGGAGUCACCAUCACCCCAACUCACAGCAAGACCAGCAACAUUCUCUGGAUAGGAGAAGGGCACCAGGCUGAGUCAGGUGUUUGUGGAGUGAGUAGGGAGAGUGUUGGGUCUGAGCUCAGCCCUACCCAGGAGAAAGGAGGUUAUCCUGUCCCCUCUCAUCACGUCUUGGCUCACCCCUCUUACCCCUUCAGCCUCACCCCCAGCUCUGUCAUGCAGGACCGGCGACUACAGGGCCUUAGUCUACCUGGUCAGGUACACCCUGCAGUUCCCUCGGGGACGGUCCCAGAGGAGUACCUGAGAGGACUCCGCCCCUUUGCUACCUCAGACGACCUCCGCCUACCCUCGCUGCACCUGGGGCUUGACCCCGUCACCGCUGCCCAUGUUACUGCUGCUGCUGCCUACUACCACCCUGCCUAUCUCCACCACCUACACAGGAUGGAGGAGUCUCUGUGUCUGUCUGCACUGCGCUCUCAGUUCUACUCUGUACCAGCAGGCAGAGCCUUCUCUACCCUCCACCCCUCUGCCCUCCACAUGCACGUGCCUGGGGCACGCUACCCUGGGGAGCUCAGCCACACACACAGCGCAAUAGCUGAGAGACUACAGAUGGAGGAAGACCUUCGCCAACGAGAGAAACAGAGGGAGCUUGAGCUGGAACGGGAGAGAGAGAGGGAGCGGGACAGAGAGAGAGAAAGGGAGCGAGAAAGGCAGAGGGAGAGAGAGAGGGAGAGGGAGAUGGUGAAAGCGGUGGGGACUCAGUACCUUGCUGGACUGAAGGCUCUCACGGCUCCGCCGGAGGACAGGGUCAGACCUGGGGAGAGGCUGACACCCAAAAGGCUGGGUAAGCCCACCCUCCCUGCCCUCCCAGUCCCUAAACCUCUACAACCAGACCUCCAGUCCUCCAGGGGGUCAGCCUCUCACCCCAUUCCCACCCUGGUGCCCUCUCAGAUUGGGAACGCACACACUGCCUCAGCCUCUACAGGGGGGCUCCAUGGAACACUGGCCUCUGCAAUGAAGCUCCAACAGGCCAAUGGGGAGAAGCUCUGGUUGUCAAAGCAACGCCGGCAGGGGCAGGAGAGUGAGGCGUGGUCACCUGGGGAAGGGGUGGAGCCUAGGAGACACAGCUACAGGUCCAACGCCAGCCAGCGUGACCCAGGCAACAGAGAGUCUCAACCCCACGUAGGAGCCCCACCUCCACUCAUCUCCCCCAAAGCUCACCCUCACCUCCUCCCCCACCCCCCUGUCCCUCCCACCACCCUCUGGAACCCUGCCUCUCUCACAGAGACCUCCCCAGACACUCGUCGCAGGUUUGACUCCCCAAUUCCCCCCUCCCGCCCUCCUCCUGGUCUGACCAGAGCUGAGUGGCCCCCCAGCUGGGAGCGGGGGGAGGAGGGAUGCAGGAGGAUGGGGGAGGGCCCAGAGAGGUUCUCCUUCAUCAGGGGACCCGUUCUGCAGAUUUCUGGCCUCUGGAGCAUGGCUGAGCUUGAAAGAUCCACUCACAGUCUCCACCACCAACAUAACCACCUCCACCAGCAGGGCUCACUGCUCCUGUCCUCCCCCAGCCCCAGCUCUGACCUGGGGGUCCAGCGCCCGUCCAGCUCCCCCUCUCCCUCCAGGGACCUCCAGAAGUCUGAGCGGCCAGGCCAGGAGCCUCAAAACCCAGUGGUGUACGAUAAGAUCCUUCAGCAGCAGCACAGGCUGGUCAGCAAGCUGGAUCUGGAGGAGAGCAGGAGGAGAGAGGCCAGGGAGGGAGGGUAUUACUAUGAUCUAGAUGAGUCGUAUGAUGAGAGUGAUGAGGAGGAAGUGAGGGCCCACCUCAGAAGGGUUGCAGAGCAGCCCCCCCUAAAACUAGACACAUCCUCAGAGAAGGUGUGUUUUCUGCGCGUGUGUGGCCUGACCACGCUGGCCCAUCGUGACCAGCUGUUUCAUCAGAAGAGGAGGAAGAGGAGGAGGAUGCUGAGAGAGCGCAGCAUCUCCCCUCCUCCUGUACAAGGCAAGAGGAAGACCCCUUGUUCUACUGUGGCACCUGUUCCCCCCCUCAGCACCACUCUCACCCCUGAAGAGAUGGACUGUUUCCCCCAACUGGAGGACAAGAAACACUUCCUCAACAUGCUUAGCCUGUCCCAUGUCACCAGCCAGCAGAGGAGAGAUAAGGAAAAGAUGGAGGGGUUGCUGAAGGCUAUAAAGCUAAAGAGUGUGACAUUGGACACCAUCAGAUACAACCCAUUACCCCUCUGUAGCAGCACUCCUGUUCUCUCAACUGGUGACUACACACCUGACCUCCCAGCCUACAAGUCAAACGGACUAGACUACCCAGACUCCCCAAGCCGCUUGCCUCCCUACCCCCACCAUCCCGACAACCUUCACACAGACCCACUAAACCCCCAACCCCCUCCACCCCGCCACCCCCCUCCCCUGGGACUCCACCCUGACAGGGCAGGACUGUGCGAACGUCACACUUCUAAGAGACUCCAGAUUCUCCAGAACGGAGCGGGCCACCUUGGCCAUCCUACUCAACUGAAGGUGCCCCUGACUGGGCAGAAUGGGCAGAACAAGCCCUGGGAAAGAUUCAUCCGGGAGGACUUCGCCCAACACUUCCACCAGGCUGUGUUGCAGUCUACCCACAAGACACUGGGUAGCUCCAUAUGCGUUCCGGAGUCCAGUAUAAAGUCUGAGCCCUCAGCGCCCUACAACAUCCCCCCUCUGAAGAGACCAGACCCCCUCCACACACCUCCACACCCCACCAAUGGGCAUCAUCCCUACCCUUCUCCACCCCACCAUGACCCUGAUGGCGUACGGGUUGAGCGCUCAGAGGAAGAUGAGGAAGAGGAUGAGGAAGAAACCCCUAGGAAGUGGAAGGGCAUAGAGUCCGUCUUUGAGGCAUAUCAGGAGUAUGUGGAUGAGCGGGGUAUGGAGAGACAGGUUCUCCACAGUCAGUGCAGGAGGCUGGAGACUCAGAACUACACUCUCAGCCUGACAGCUGAACAACUCUCACACAGCAUGGCGGAGCUGCUGAGUCAGAGACAGAGGGUGAGAGAUGAGAGAGAGAGACUGCAGGCUCAGCUAGAGCACUUCAGGAAGUGUCUGACCCUUCCCAACGUGCACUGGGGCAAGGGGCAGCUCAAAGGUCACCUUCCCCGGUGACUCCCUACCCUGCUCCUGACAGAUUGACAGAGACAGACAGACAGACUGACUGACCUCUGGAGAGAGGAAACUGGAUUGGUUCCCAGUCAGAGGCAGAGAUUGAAGAGAACUCUGGACUGGGAAGGAAGAGAGGAUGGUAGAAAGGGGGGAGUGCCACACUCCUAGACUCUGUAGUGUGGUCAGACUCGAAGUCUAAAAGCUGGAGGUCGUAGCUACAGUGGGGAGAACAAGUAUUUGAUACACUGUCGAUUUUGCAGGUUUUCCUACUUACAAAGCAUGUAGAGCCAAAAUCCCUGCUGUAGUGUGUGCAAACCUGGUCAAGAACUACAGGAAACGUAUGAUCUCUGUAAUUGCAAACAAAGGUUUCUGUACCAAAUAUUAAGUUCUGCUUUUCUGAUGUAUCAAAUACUUAUGUCAUGCAAUAAAAUGCUAAUUAAUUACUUAAAAAUCAUACAAUGUGAUUUUCCGGAUUUUUGUUUUAGAUUCCGUCGCUCACAGUUGAAGUGUACCUAUGAUAAAAAUUACACAUGCUUUGUAAGUAGGAAAACCUGCAAAAUCGGCAGUGUAUCAAAUGCUUGUUCUCCCCACUGUACAUAAGAGUAUGGCAUAAUAUUGGCACCCACUUUAACCAAUUAUAGAAUUUGGGACAAUAAAAUGACGAGUAUAUCCUCCUUUUUUCCCUCCUUGAUUUUGAAGGGUUUGGAAGCAACCAAUAGCAAGCUCAAAAGGGAAUGCACAACCAAUAGCAAGCCAACCAACCACUGAACUGGAAGGACAAAUCAGCCAAGAUGCACUUAAAGACCUAGAAGAGCUACUAGGGAUCAUACUAGUGACAUUGCUGUUAGAACUAUCUAGAACAGUAAACACUGUGCUAUAGAGAUAUUACUAUUCUGUUUUUUUCCCCACUUGGGUUCAUGGACUUGCAAAAUCAUAGUUGUAGAAUAUUUAAGACAGUGUUUCUAUAAGAAAAUAACUGGAGGUUGUGAAAAUGUUUAUAUAUAUACAUAUAUAUACACACACUACCGGUAGGAGGUUUUAGAACGCCUACGCAUUCAAGUUUUUUUUCUUCUUUUUUACUAUUUUCUACAUUGUAGAAUAAUAGUGAAGACAUCAAAACUAGGAAAUAACACA